AUGAGACACAUUGGUGCGCGUUUCCGGGAAAUAGCCGUUUAUAUCACGCCACUGAACUGCUACCUGCCUACGGGUCCCAGUGCUCUCUUUCCCUGCCCUAUGCCCCCAAUCCCCAUCCCUCUCCGCUGUGCCUUGUGUCUGCCGCCCAUAGCAAUGUGUCUGGUGGGGUCGGCGCGGGCCUUUGAGGCAACGGGCCCUUCACUGCUGCGCCACCUGCUGCUGCCCUCCGCGCAACCCUCCUCCCACCCCUCACACCGCUCCUCACACCUCUCCCACCCCCCACACCACCCCUUACACCUCUUCCUGCACGCGCCUCUGGACGAAACCACUGCCAAACUUGGCUUAUUUGGAGGAAUCAAGGGGGGAGGGUUUGGGGCAGGGGGGCUUGGAGUAGAGGGUGUGACUAUAGCGAGUGUGAAGAUCUUCCCGAGCAGUGAUUUGGACGAGACAGACAACAGGAAAAGGGCGCUCAACUGGGAGUCCUCGCCUCAGGGCUUGCAGGUGAGCAGGAGGAUGAGAGACGUGGUGACUCAAAAGUCACCAGGUGAGCAGGAGGAUGAGAGACGUGGUGACUCAAAAGUCACCAGUGGGGUGGGAGAUGGGCUGGCCUAUACGAUUCCUUACGGGUCGGACUGGUGGGGUUUCAACGACCGGUUUGGGAUGGGAGGCAGGCAGGCGAGUGCAGUUGCGUUGAGGCGGCUGAGUGCGCUGGAUAAGAUGGUGGCCGUUGGAUUCAGCCAGCUCAACUCAGAGAUGGCAUUUAAAGCCCAGAUGGACAUGGGGGGAGUGAGAGUGGAGCGUCAGAACCUCUCCUUCUGUAUCCUCACUCGCCGAAUGUACCCCUUAGAGGACGACUCGUGUCCCGUUAAGAUCCUCAGCGCUACUGCCAAGGUGCCUCUGAAUGGGGCCAAGUGCCGUCUGUGCACGCCCUGCAAGGCCGGGGAGGAGGCUGAGCAGGCGCUAGCUGCCAUCCCUGACACGGCUCCCAACUGGCCAGGGCCGUUCACUCAGGGGAUAGACAUGUGCUCCAUCCACCAACCGUGGGAGGACAUGUGGCAGCAGCAGUACGACGCUGUCAUGGGCGCUGAGCUGGCACGCCAACGCCAAGCUGUCGUCCGCAUGGCUGCUGACAUGGCGCUCUGCGUGCGAUCUUUCGAGCAGGUACGAGGGGAGGGUAAUCUGCUAGAUGCCUCACUGUUAUACUAA